AUGGCUGAAAGCUCGUUCCCCGCGACCAACACUCGCCUCCGCGUCGGCACCAAAGACGACAUGUCGAGCGCCUUCCAAAAGAUCUCGGAGGAGGAUGAAUAUGAGGUGACGUCACCAACCGACUCGACCUUUCGAUCCGCAAACGCCAACCCCGCUUCCUCGUCUUCCGCCGACAAUCUCUUCGGAGGCAGCGUAUUUGGCGAAGCCACCGGUAGCGGCGGUGGUGUGCCCGCCGGCGGAAUCCGGUUCACCAGAAGUCCCUUUGGAGGUCCCGCUGGAGACGGGGAUGAGGAACAGGACUACAACGAUCUCCCAGAGGGAGACCGACCGACCGGGGGGCCGAACCAGGGAUUCCCGAACAACUAUGCGUUGGGCCGUCGCACGUCGGUGUCUGCCGAGUCCUUGAACCCGACGUCUGCCGGCUCCGAUAGCUGGGUGCCUCCGUAUCACCCCAAAUCCGAGGAACAGCUGUCUCGCUUGAAGGUCGCCGUCAGCAACAACUUCCUCUUUUCGCAUCUGGAUGACGAUCAAUUCAAGACGGUGCUGGACGCCCUGGUGGAAAAGCCGAUCCCUGCCAAGGAUAUUAAGGUGAUCUCGCAAGGCGAUGCGGGUGACUAUUUCUACAUCGUCGAGAAUGGCCAUUUCGAUGUCCACAUCCAUCCCUCGGGCUCGGUGCAACCGGGCGCGGAUGGCAUGGGUAGUAAAGUAGGCUCGAUCGGGCCCGGGGGCUCGUUUGGAGAGUUAGCACUCAUGUACAAUGCUCCUCGCGCGGCGACGAUCGUGUCUAUCGACCCCAAGAGUACCUUGUGGGCUCUCGAUCGCAUUACGUUCCGGCGGAUUCUGAUGGACUCGGCUUUCCAGCGCCGUCGCAUGUAUGAGGCCUUCCUCGAGGAGGUCCCGUUGCUAUCGAGCCUGAAGCCCUAUGAACGGGCGAAGAUUGCCGACGCUUUAGAUGCGACCAAAUUCCCCAGCGGCUCGACCAUCAUCACGGAGGGUGACCCGGGUGACGCAUUCUACCUUCUUGAGUCCGGUGAAGCGGAUGCUUUCAAGACUGGCAUUGAGGGACCGGUCAAGUCGUACCGCCGAGGCGACUACUUCGGAGAGCUGGCUUUGCUUGAUGACAAGCCUCGAGCCGCCAGUAUCAUUGCUAAUACGGAGGUCAAGGUGGCCAAACUGGGCCGCGACGGAUUCAAGCGCCUACUUGGUCCCGUGGAACAGAUCAUGAGAAGAACCGAUUACGAUUCGAGGCCCACAUCCUCGGCCGCGUGA